UGGAGACGCUCUCGCGUCCCCUCUCGGAGCACUGGCUGUGCCAGGUCUUACACCCACCGUGGGAAGAGGGGGCAGCGCCGGCGCCCAGCACCUGCCACUGGUGGGGGACACACUUUGGAGGAACAAAAAGCUAGAGUUGUUCCCCAGAACCAGUCCACCGAGGUUCUUAACAGCUGAGUCUGCAAGCCUGGAGAGAGCUUCAGCAGUAAUCUCCAAAUUUCAGAAUGACCACCCUGCCCCCACUGCCCAUGACACGCCCAAAGCUUACAUCCUUAGCUAGACAGAAGCUGCCUUGCUCCCCCACAACAGCUCCAAGGUCUCAAUUGAUCAAAGAAAAAAAUGACAUAGAUCAUUAUCUGGAAGAGAAUUUCAAAGGAUUGUCAAAAGAGGAGGUUGCUGCUUACCGGAAUUCGUACAAGAAGAACAUCUAUGUGGACAUGCUGCGAGACGGUUAUCAUAAGUCCUUUACUGAGCUCUUCUCUCUGAUGGAGCAGUGGGAUGCCGUGAGGGAUCCUGCGAGAUUUGGUUCCCUCUUUCUGCAGAGACCCCUGGAGGAGCAGCGUGAUAAGCUGGAUCACUUCUACCACUACCUGACCAGGGCCGAGGUGGCCGAAAGGAAAGAAUACUUUGAAGAUGUCUAUAAUAACUUGUAUGCUCUGGCCUGCUACUUCAAUAAUUCUGAAGACAGGUGGGUAAGGAACCACUUCUUCGAACGAUGUUUCAAGAUUGCUCAACUGAUCAAGAUGGACGGGGGGAAGAAAGAAGCCGAGGCGCACGGAAACAUGGGGCUUCUCUUUGAGGAAGACGGUCAGCUUCUGGAAGCUGCUGAGCAUUAUGAAGUAUUCCAUCAAUUGACGCAUGGGCGGAUGUGGAAAGAUGAGACAGGCCGCUUUCUCAACUUGUUGGCCUGUGAGAGUCUCCUGAGGACUUACAGAUUACUCUCAGACAAGAUGCUGGAAAAUAAAAAAUACAAACAGGCCAUCAGAAUUCUAAUAAAAGCUGCUGAAAUAGCCAAAGAAGGAAAUGACAGGAAGAUGGAAGGAGAAGCUUCCUAUUACUUGGGCUUAGCACACCUGGCUGCUGGAGAAUAUGAAACAGCAUUAACAGUCCUUAACACUUACAGUAAAAUCUCUACAGAGCUGGAUGAUGAUCUCAGCCUGGGGAGAGCAUAUGAGGCCAUCGCCAAGGUCCUGCAGAGCCAAGGAGAGAUGACAGAAGCAAUUAAAUACUUGAAAAAAGUCGUGAAAAUUGCAAGAAACAAUUUUCAAAACCUAGAUGUUGUGAGAGCAAGUACGAUGCUUGGAGACAUUUACAAUGAAAAAGGAUACUACAACAAAGCUUCUGAAUAUUUUCAGCAAGCUUUUGACACAACAGCAGAGCUCACAAACAUACCUCUAAUGGAUGAGACAAAAGUUCAUUAUGGAAUAGCAAAAGCUCAUCAGAUGAUGCAGACAGUGAAGAAUUACAUAGAAUCUGCGGACCUCACCAGCCUUGACUACCUGCUGUCAUGGAAGGAGAGUAGAAGCAACAUUGCCCCUGAUCCAAUCACUGAGUCUAGAAGAUCCACAAUGGAAAAUUUACCUCAAAAUUCAGAGCAUUUGGAAGAAGAACUAAGUGGAUUUCCGGAUAUCCAAAAGAAUGAGACUUAAACCAGCUUUUGAGUCAGCAAUAAAGCAAGAAGAAAUUUAUCAUGUCACUUUAGUCUUUGAUGCCUGUAAUAGGAGUAUGUUACAAAUAAUACAGAUAGAGUUAUAAUAAAACUCACUUUGACUAUGUUUUCAUUGGCUUCUGUAUUGCAGAAUUUACCCUAAAACAUCCAAAUCCAUGAAAAUAAAAUUUAUUCCAAAGCUUGAAAUUUCAGUAGUUAUCCAUAUAAUAAAUUCUAAAAUGUUUCCUCUUAUCCAUUAUUCCACAAGAAACUGUGCUAUCAUACAAUCAAAAUUUGGUUGUGUCUAAUGAGAAUAUAAUUAUAAGCUUAAGGAAAUCUAUGCUUAAUAAAUGUGGGAAAAUUUUACUAAAAUUCCAGGGAAGCUUUUCAACAUAAACAAAAGGAUUAUAAGCAAUAAAGACUAUUAUAUUAGUAAGUACUGUUCAAAACAGUUUGCUUUACCUGUGUAAAAGAAAAGUCUUUCCUCUAUUCUGACACCAAAUGCAUGAGUUUUUCAUCAUAAAACAGUUCUCCAAUUCUUGGCAGACUUUGACUGGGUGUCUUACAACUUAACUCAAUUCUGGCACUAACUCUCAGAAGUUAGCACAGACCCCACAGAUUAGGGAUCAGUUCCACAAAACUAUCCUCACUUCAGAUGCCAAUUGCAAGUCCGAAUUUGUUACUUGUACUUCUGAAUGACUUGGCUACAAAUAGGAGAUUCCUACAACCUCCCCAGCUUCAAUAAUUUGCUAUAAUGGCUCACAGAACUCAAGGAAACACAUACUUACAUUUUCCAGUUAUAAAAGAUAUAAUAAAAGAUAUGGAUGAACAGCCACAUAGAAGAGAUGCAUAGGGCAAAGUAUGAAGAGAGGGGCAUAGAGUUUCCAUGACUUCCCCAGGCAUGUCACCCUUCCAGCAUCUCAAUGCAUUCACCAACUCAGGAGCUCUCUGAAUCCUUUCAGUUAGAGUUUUUAUGGAAGCCUCAUUACCUAGGCAUGACUGAUUAAAUCAUUGACCAUUGGCGAUUGACUCAAUCUCCAGCCCCUCUCUCCUCCUCAGAGGUCAGGGGGUGGGCCUGAAAGUUCCAACCCUCUAAUAACAUGGUUGGCUCCCCUGGCAACCAGCUCCCCAUCCUAGUGGCUUUCUAAAAGCCACUAACUCAGGUGUGAUUGAAAGGGGCUUAUUAUGAAUAACAAAAGAGGCUCCUUUCACCUUUACCACUCCAGACCUUUUUCAGGAACUGGGGGGGGGGACCCGCGGGCAAUAAGAAAAAACAUUCAUUUUACCUUUAUUUCUCUGGGGCUGUUUCAGGAGCCAGGGACAAAAACCAAGUGUUAACUUGUUGUAUUACAUUAGGAGCUCUGUGCCAAGAACCAGUGAUGAAGACCAAAUAUAUAUUUAAUGUUAUAUUACAACAUUGCAUUGUAUAAAAGUAUAUUUUAUGAUACUUUUAGCUAAUAGUAUAUAAUAUAACUUAUCCAUGUCAAUUUAAAAAGAUUAAGAAAAUCCUUGUUUUAGGCCCUUCCCCUAAUGAGUCUUACAAAAUGAGAGGACACAGUUGAGAUGAUCAUGGGUAUAAUAUCUGCAGAUCUGCAGGUCUAGUGGAAUCCAUAAAUGAAGUACUUUACCAAGAAUAAAGACUUUUACUCCCAUUUAAGUUCAGUCAAUAUGCACAUUAAUUCUGCUUCCUUUGAAUGUUCCUAACCCUGGAAUGUUCCAGUGUGGAGUAAUUCUUUUUCUAUGUAAUAGUGAAGCAUCAGCACUCUGUCCAAGGAGAUAAUUUUAUGCAAAUACCAAAAAUUGUAGAUGAGAUGCCUUAGGGAAUAAAAGGUUAUCCUUUGUUGUUUACAGGUUCAAUAGAGCCAAUUUCCACAGCAUCUUUGAUUCCUGAAUGAUGUUUAGCUGUACCUAAAGACUUCCAUGUAUUGUUUUGCUGUAAAAUUAGAAUUAAAGUGUGAUUGUCUCUUUAAAUCAACCUCAUUUGUCUACAUCAAGUCUUGCAAAAUAUUGAGACAGAGAAAUAAAGUGGUUAAGGAAGGUUUCUGAGAAUACACCUUUGUUAAGUUGACAAACAAGGAGACCAUUAGACUGAGAUGGUUCUAAAGACUUGGCAACCUACAUAAACAAACAAAAACGUAAGCCUGUAAAUGCCUCCAUGUUAAGAAAUAGGAAUUAAGGAUCAAUUAUAAAUAACCAACUAGGCUUUCCCAAAUAAGGCAAUUGCUUAAGCUAUAGCUAAACAGAUAAUUUCCUUGCUUUGCUUCCACAUCUUCACUAGCUCCAUUGGUGGAGUGCUCCUAACAUUUUCCAGUUUGGCUGCCCAAUUUGAAUUGAUUUUUGCUCAAAUAAACUCUUAAAAUGUU